GCUGGGACUGCCCACUGGGAUGCCCUGGUGGCCCCAUGUCUCUGGGCUGGCCACGUGGGCUGAGUCAGCAGGAGUCGCCUUGGGUGGGCACUCUUUGGAAGCACAUAGAAGGGUCUCACUGGCUUUCAACACAUGUCUUUCUGUUUCAGUCACUCUGAAAGACCCUCGACGAGGACCUUUUGUCGGGAGGAGACCUCCCCAACGCCAAGGAACAGGCCGAGACUGCACAGAUGCAAAUCACAAGAGGUUUAUUGAAGACAGAAGAAUGCUUUUGGUGCUGCUUCUAUGGAGAACUCCAAUCCAGGAUACAGGCUGGCAGCUGUUAAGGGAGCCAGGUCAAAAUGAUGAAGUUGUGGGUUUGGACACUAAUGGUAAUGGGGAUGUGAGAGAAAUGCCUUCUUGGAUGUUAUACACACAGUAAUGACCCAUGGAAGGCUGCGGAGGUGAGGUAUCAUAACUUGGGGCAGUAGGAGGCGCUGGAAAGGGUCUCUGGUGGGUGAGGGAUUAGGCACGGCUAGAGAGUCCAGAUUGUUGUGAAUGAAGUGACCUUUAACUUCCAAGACAUCUUGGAUUUAAAUCGUACUAUUAAACUACAAUCCCCAGCGACCUGUGGAACUCAUCGAGUUUUCCGGUGACUUGGGCAUUUCCGGCGGAAGCGGACGCUGCUAGCCAUUCUUCUAAUUUAAAUGCUGUUGACUACGACUUCCAGUGUCCUUUGCGCCGGGACGAAGAAAGGAAGCGGAAGCUGCAUGGGGAGCUGCCGCAGGUAACAGUGGCAUGGCUGUGUCCCCGACUUUCCUGCCUGGGCCUACCCAUGAACCUGCAGGUGCUUUGAUGGAGCCUCUGCCUUGCGCUCCAAGCUUGGCUGAGGGCUUCUUGGAGGAGGAGCUUCAGCUCAAUGCCGAGCUUCACCAGCUGCAGUUUCCAGAGCCCGUGGGUGUCAUUUAUAACCCAGUGGAUUAUGCUUGGGAGCCGCACCGCAACUACGUGACCCGCUACUGCCAAGGUCCCAAGGAAGUGCUCUUCCUGGGCAUGAACCCAGGGCCGUUUGGCAUGGCCCAGACUGGGGUACCUUUUGGGGAAGUGAAUGUGGUCCGGGACUGGUUGGGCAUUGGGGGCUCUGUGCUGACCCCUCCCCAAGAGCACCCUAAGCGACCAGUGUUGGGACUGGAGUGCACACAGUCAGAGGUGAGCGGAGCCCGAUUCUGGGGCCUUUUCCGGGCCCUCUGUGGACAGCCCCAAGUCUUCUUCCGGCAUUGCUUUGUCCACAAUCUGUGUCCUCUGCUCUUCUUGGCUCCCAGUGGACGAAACCUCACCCCCGCUGAUCUGCCGGCCAAGCAGCGGGAGCAGCUACUGGCGAUCUGCGAAGCAGCCCUGCGCAGGCAGGUGCAGCGGCUAGGGGUGCGGCUGGUAGUGGGAGUGGGGCGUUUGGCAGAACAGCGGGCGCGAAGAGCUCUAGCUGGACUGGCUCCAGAGGUACAGGUGGAGGGGCUCCUGCAUCCCUCUCCGCGAAGCCCACAGGCCAACAAGGGCUGGGAGGCGGCAGCCAGGGAAAGACUCCAAGAGUUGGGGCUCCUACCUCUGCUAACGAGUUCAGCCAGGCCUAGCACACCUUAGAGAUCACCUUGCAUGCAGGCUUUGCCGGGCUCCCUGUUGGAGGAAACGUGUUCAGCACUCUGGGCUUUUGUCUAAUGCUUUGAGCCUCACCAGUGGCUUGUUCUGUUCAGUGUCCACAGAGGGGGAGGGGCCUCGGCACUCGCUGGCCUCACCAUUUCCGUGGGGACCUCUGUGUGCAGAGGGUCCUUGAUAGGGAUGUCUGGGGUCAUAUUUGAACUUUGGGAGGAAAGAUAAUUUUAAUCUUUCCUGUUUUGUUUUUAUUGGCAUUGUCUUUGGCACUGCCUCAUACACACUAGGAAAGCUCAUACUGAUCUACCUCAGACUUUUUGACACUAAUUGUACAUAUUAGUGGGGUUCAGUGUGACGUUUCCACACAUGCAUUAAGUGUGAUCGAUUGAGUCUGUCCUCUCCACAGCUCCCCCUCCCCAACCAGAGGGCAAUCUUUGAUCCCUACUCAUCCUUACAGAACACUUGCCUCUAGCCGGCUUCUCUCCUCUCCUCCCAGGGACCAGGACAGACAUCACAUUGAGAAUGAGCUUCUGAGCCAGGUGUCCUGGCAUACCCUUGUAAUCCCAGCACUCAGAGACAGGAGGGUCAGGUUAGGCUCUGUCUCAGAAACAAACAAAUAAUAAAAAGUGAAUUUCUUCAGGGAGACCGAGGUUGGAUCCGAGGGACACUUAUAUGUGGCAGACUAGGAAAGAUCUAGAUCUUCAUUCCCCUUUCCCUGUGAAGCCUGUGAAUUUUUUUUUUUUAACCUCUCUCAGUUGGGCAGUGGUGGCACAUACCUUUAAACCCAGCACUUGGAAGGCAGAGGCAGGCGGAUCUCUGAGUUCAAGGCCAGCCUGGUCUACACAGUGAGUUUCAGGACAGCCAGAGCUACACAGAGCUACUACUGUCUUAAAAAAUUAAAACUCCUGUUUUGUUUUUGUUAUUGUUGUUUGUUUUUAAAAUUUGAAGCAAGGUCUCAUUGUGUUGGCCUGUAACUCAUUGUAUAGACAAGAUCCAGCCUUGACCGCAUAAGAAAUCUUCCACCUCUGCCCUGAGUGCUGGGUUUAAAAGGAUGGGCCACCAUAUCCUGUUCCCUUCUGAAUUUUGAGACACGGUCUCACUGUGUAGUAGUGGCUGUCCUGGCACUUUCUCUAAAGACCGACCUGGCAGCAAACUUGUGGUGAUCUUCUGCCUAAUGCUGGGAUUAUAGGCAUAUGCCACCCUGCCUGACCUGCUUAUGAACAACUUUUCUAAGUCUCAAGAUUCUCUGUAAAAUGGGGUUUCUGCCUCCUGCCCCUGAUGUGAGGUGUGAGGACUGAGGGAACACUGUGGUGCCCAUCACACACUUCUCGCUUGCCUCUCUCUGAGCUGGGGUACCAUUGCACUAUUGAGGGUAUUCCCUGUCCGCCCUGAAGACCUUUCCUUACUGGGGAAGCCAAUGUUAGGAAAAUUUCAACCUGUGACUUUCAGAUUAAGCAUUAAAGACCCCUAAGCCUUCUCACGUUGGUUCUCUUUCCCCUCUGCGCUUCAUUGGUGGGAGAAUGUUGGUUUUAGGACAUUCCCUCCCUCCUCCUCUAUUCACUUUUGGCAGAAACUUCUCAGGUAGCUUGGGGAGGGGUAUGUGAGACUUCUAGCCAACCUAGCCAACCUGCAGGGGGUUUGAUAGGGGGCCUGUCCAGUAGUUCAUCAGGUACUUGUGGCACUGUUGGGGUUGAUGGGGAGGCUGAUGUCUCCUUUGUCUCUUAAGUGGUUGGUUGGGUGAUGUGUGGUAAGGGCUAGGGAGUAAGCUACAGUGGGAACGUGGGACCACCUUAAUGAGGGGCAUGUGCUCCUUAUUUCCUGGGACUCAAGUCAUCUCCAGCAUUCUAAAAAUUAGUAAGAUUUUAAUCAGCUGUCUCGGUUCCUGAGAGGGAACUUUGAGGUUUCCUCAACAAUAGAAAUGUCAGGGGGCGGGAGAGAUAGCUCAGAGGUUCUUCCAGAGGUCCUGAGUUCAAUUCCCAGCAACCACAUGGUAGCUCACAACCAUCUGUAAUGAGAUCUGGUGCCCUCUUCUGGCCUGCAGGCAUAAUGCAGGCAGAACACUGUAUACAUAAAUAAUAAUAAAAUAAAAUUUUUAAAAAAACCAAUAGAAAUGUCAGUAUUAUUCAUGUCGGAACCUCAGAGCACAGGAGGGUUUGUUGAACUUUGCUGUGGGAUAGAGACCAGCCCCCUAGAAAGACCAGCUUUAUGUUUUGAUGGUUGGAACUUUGAAGGGUGAUCUCAGCCUGAAUGUCAGGGUGGGACAAGGCUAGAGAUUGAGUUCAGCUGAGUGGCCCAUGAUCUCUACCAAUUAUCCCUGACCAGAACUUUGUACACUGGUUUCUGCCAAGCUUGCUGGUUGGUGGACACACAUAUGUCUGUUUCUUUUUGGGUAGUUGGUGCUGGUUUGUGUAUUUAGUCAUGCUUUCUGUGUGUCUUUUGGGAAUUCAGGGGACUGAACCCAGAGUUUUUUGGAUGUACAGUGCUCACUGCUCUAUCACUGAGCUAUAUCCCUAGCCCUUGAUUUGUAUUUGUGAUAAAAUAUAAUAAAUACAGUGUUUUUAUUUCUUAA